CAAUAAACUGUCAGUUUUAUGUCAAAUGCGAUGUGCUUUACAGUAAAAUAGUUCUUUAAAUGCUUGUGUUACAAAAGGAAAGUAUGUUUUUCCUUGGAUCAAUCUUAAUUCUCUUGCAUGCUGGACAAGGACAGGAAUGCAUUAAGAUAAUAACGAACAUGGACUAUUCAUGUGCUGGGAGAAAAUUGACCCAUAUUCCUGCAAGUCUUCCCAUCACUGUGAGGACUCUGGAUUUCAGUUUUAAUUUCUUAAACCCUUUACGUAAUUCUGUAUUUCCUCUAUUGUUCAAUUUACAAGUCUUGGAUCUUACAAGAUGUCACAUCCGUUACAUUGAUGAUGACGCUUUCUACAAUGUGAAGAAUUUGACUACUUUGAUUCUCUCUGGAAACCCUGUUGCACAUUAUGGAUCGGGGUGCUUUAAUACUUUACAUAAUCUACAACGUUAUGAUGAAGUCUGGGUCAUGAAUGAACUGGUGGAAAAUCUGGAGAACAGCUUUCCACCUAUUCAGCUUUGCCUUCACAUGCGGGACUUUGAAGCUGGGAAGUCCAUCGCCUCCAACAUCAUUGAUGAAGGAAUUAUGGGUAGCCGUAAGGUCAUUGUGGUUGUAUCUCAACACUUCAUUGAUAGCACCUGGUGUCGCUUUGAGUUUGAAAUGGCCCAGUCCUGGUUUGUCAUGGAACGCUAUGCCAACAUCAUCAUCAUCAUCAUUCUGGAAGAUGUGGAAGAGAAGAAAAUGAAGAAAGUAUCAAAGCAUCUAAAAAAGAACAUGUACCUGAAGUGGAGCAGGGACCCUUUGAGUAGAUUAAGAUUCUGGAUUCGGUUCAGGAAAGCUAUUAUUGCCACAAAGCAAUAA